AUGUGCAUGAGCAGCCAGGAGGAGAUCUACAAUCCAACCUGACAGAGACUUCCUGGAGCUUUGCCUCUGGAUCCCAGUACACGCUGAUACUGAGAGCCGAGAGAGGGACAGGUGACACUCUCGACUUGACCAAACUCCAAGACAUGUACAAAGCAAGGGUCCAAGUGCCCAAUAUGACAUCCGUGAAGAUUGAGAAUCUGACUCCACAGGACAGUGGGAACUACAAGGUACAUGGCUUGUUGACUGGAGGAAAAGAAUUUACCCAAUAUUUCCACCUCAAGGUCUAUGAGCCUGUGUCUCCUCCAAAGAGCCUGGUCAAGGCACUGUCCAUCACAACAGGCUGGUGCAAUGUUACCCUGGAGUGCAGGGUCACAGGGGCCACAGAGGACCUGAAUGUGACCUGGGAGAACAGGGGUCUCCCCAGAGAGCUGGAGCAGAGAUGGACACUAACACCAGGCCCCAACACCUGGACCCUGGCUGUGAGCCUGCCCCAGAGCCAGGCCGAUGCCAGCCUCAGCUGUGUCAUCAGCAAUCCCAUGGACCAGAACAAUGCUACCUCAGACCUUAGUGACAUCUGCUCACAAGGUAUAUCAAGACAGUAUACAGCUAGCCUCAUAGGAGGCUUACUGGGAGUCAUUGUGACUGUGCUUUUGCUUCUUGGAGCUGGACUAUACCUUUGGAAGAUUCAUAAGAAGAAGAAAAUGGUGAUGAAACAAGGUGCAAGAUUGGAGCGGGACCAAAACAUGUGUGAUCAUGACAUCAUGUAUGCAGAGGUUACAGGUCAGAAAUCUCAGGAGCACAAGGACAAGGGUACUGAUGAACAACAUCUAGAAGAAAAGGGGCCACUCACUACAGUCUACAGUGAGGUUGGUGUCCUAAGCAAGCCCUUGAAGAUGAUUUAAUUGGAUGAAACAGAGGACCAAGCACUCCUGGGACAACUGCACUCUGAGGCUGACACCUGCAGUCACCUACUGGCUUUGGUUCAGCUCUUGGUGCUCUUGGUCUGUAAUAGGCUGACCUGGUGGCCAUUCCUCCCUGAGCACAGGUGGUCUAGCCACAUCUUCCAGGAGCCCCGAUUGUUUCUGCACACUCAGGAUCCUCAUGCCUGCCUGCAGGUGAGGGUUCUUCCGCAGUUAUUGACUUGGCCCUUGAGUAUUCUUCUCUAUUACUUGUCCCACAAGAACCCUGUCUGACCCUG